UGCACCGAGUAGCUGCUGCUAGCUUAAAUCUGCACAUCACCGAGUGUCACAUUUAGCCACAAAUUUGACCUGAACUCUAUCACUUUGGAGAAUUUACAUGUACAUUUUUGGUGUAGUGAAAGACAUUAAGCCUUUUAUUCGACCAGUUCCGUCUAAAAAUAUCGCGCGGAAACUAGAGUUUUUGUUGAAAGUUGACGAUGGUGUAACGAAUAUUUGUGUCGACCGGACACAAGAUGUUCUGAGAUGCCGUCUUUUGACUUCCUGGAUAAGGUGGAGCUUUUUGUGCGGACAGGAGUGCAUUCUGUAGAUGCAUCAAAAAAUUCAAAGAACCAAACCAGAGCAGCCAGCAAGCACUUUACCUACAAAGAGGCAUGAACUGAAAACAGGAACAAAGAAAACCAGAAUGAUCUGCAUGGUUGAUAGCACCAGACAUAAAUGGCUGUCUGUGGCGAACUUAUCGAGGCCGCCUCCUCAGGGUUGUCAGGAGCGACAAGGAAGUGCGGGAGAUCCUGACCCGAUACCAUGACAACAACAACCACGCUGGCCGGGUUCGGGCAGUAAAGGAGAUAAUGUUGAUGUAUUACUGGGUUGGAGUGACGGAGGCGGUGAAGAACUGGAUCAAAGCUUGCUCUGUUUGUCAGAGUCGAGGUCCCAGCGAACCACCUGGUCCACCUGUCCAGUUCUGCCUGGCCUAUGGCUGCGACACCUCCAGCUACAGUUACCCUGAGCUCGGCUUCCACAGGUUCCCGAAGGAGGCCGAGCAGCGGCGGAGGUGGCUGGCGGUGGCUCAGAGGACGAAGGCUCGCUGCGCUCCAAUUCCUGCCUCUGCUCCCGCCACUUUGAGCCGUCCUGCUUUACGCUGAGUGACGAUGGUCAGCUGACUCUGUCACCGGACGCCGUACCAAGCAUUAUCCCUGUGACAGCGCAAGAAGAUGAGGGGUGAAGGUCUGGGAGGAUCAGCAAUAUGAUUAUGCAACUAACAAGCAGCAAAAAUAUGAACAGGUUCCUGUCCCUUCAGAUGAAGACUUCCUUCCCUCUAACUGCCUGGAAGACCUCAUCUCUACAGCUGCUACUGCAGAAACUACAGCCCGCUCUGAACCGGCUUUUGAUCACUCUGAGAUACCUGUGCAGCUGCAGGAACACCAGUACUGCCUCUCGGCUCCGGAUUCAGACUCCGGGGUGGUCCAGGCAGUGAGGGAGGACAAGAGGAGGAAGACCAUCAUCGAGCCAAGCUUCACGGCCUAUAACCAGAUCGCCAGGUAUCUGAGCCACAGGGUUUUACCGAUGCAAAGCAAAAAAAGCAGAGGUGCUCUAAAGAGGAUGGCCAAGCGCUUUGGUUUGAUAGAUGGAGUGCUGAUGUACACACGAGUCUCUCCACCUCUCAGAGUGCCGCGCAGCAGAGAGGAGGUGAACUCGAUCCUGCAGCAGUUCCAUGAUAACCAGGGUCACUACGGCCAGGGAAUCUGCCAGCGAGAGAUCACAAAGCAUUUCUACUGGAGCACCAUGACCCGGGACCUGGCCCGCUGGAUCUCCAGCUGCCACACCUGCCUCAACAGAACCAAGAGGAAGUGGCUCCGCUGCAGCGUCUACAACUGCAACAACUGCUGCGGGCCGGUGGAGCGAGGCCUGGGCCUCACCUUCCACAAGUUUCCUCUUGACAACGCAGCCCUGUUGGCUCGGUGGUUGAAGGCUGUUGGCCGUCCUUACUGGCAUCCUCGGCUCCGCUCAUCCAUUUGUUCCACCCAUUUCACUGAGGAGUGCUUCGACCGCAGCGGAGAGAAAGUCUCCCUCCAUCCAGACGCUGUGCCCACACUGUUGGUCCACAGCGACUCGGCAGCCUAUUUUGCAAAGUACAACGCUGUGGAGCUCUACCUCCGAAAACGCACUUACCCUCAUGGCCUGAGCUACGUCGAGAAAAACACCUUCAGGAGGUUCUGCAAGAAGUUCGCCAUCAAAGAUGAUGAGCUCCACAUAGUGAGGGGAGAUCAGAUGCAUUUGGUUCUGAGGAGCCGACAGCAGGUUGAAGUCGCCCUCAUGGACUAUCACAAUGAGCUCAACCACCUGGACGUCAACAAAUGUCUCCGACUGCUCAAUGACAGGUACUUCUGGAAAACCAUGAGACCUGACGUGGUGCAGUGGAUCGACAGCUGCUCCCAGUGCAACAGGAAGAAGAGGAAGAAACCAGCAAACCAGACAGAAGCAGGAGGAUCAGAGUCACUGCUGCAGGCGCUGCGAUCACCACAGAUACAUGGCGAGUUAGACAGUGGGAAUGAUGAUGAUGUUGAAGAGGAUGAUGAUGAUGGUGGUGCUGGGAGUGUUGGGGAGCCAGUAACGGGUUCAGAGGACAGAGCGGUAAAACCUCAACCAGAGGAACGGACUCAACCUGGAGACCAGGAGGAAGCAAGUGACUGUCAGAGCAGCACCAGAACAAGUCACUACGUCUUAGUCCAGGGUCCUGACCUCCCAGCAAGGUCAAGAAGAUCACAAGUUCAACCUCCAAAUCCAAACAGGGGACUAAAGACCCCGUCCAGACCCCAACCCAGAGACCGUGGCAGCGUCCAGCGUCCGGUGAAGAGGAGCAGAGACCUGGAGGCAGGCUCUUCGGCUAAAAGGAGCUCCAGCUGUGGCCUGGAGCCCGUCGUGGCCCCGAGCACCAAACCCUGGCCCGUCUUCACCAUCGCCGGCUCUGCACGGGUACACGCAGCCAAACCCCCUCCUGAGGUGGCCAGCAGCCCAGCCGUCUUUCGGAGGCCCAGGAGGCUCCAGGCUCGGACCAUCAUCCAGCAGUGCAGUCGGGCCAAGGUUAAGAUCAAACCAGCCCUGGACGGGGCUGACGCUCAGUGGGCUGAGAUCGAGGAGGGAAUGGUCGUGUACGUGUGCUUUUUCCACGGAGCCACUGAAGACGUCACUCAUGAAAUGGCCAACAGCCUGAUGACCACUAAACUUUUCCGAAAAGCCACUGGGUGCUCAGUGUCCGUUCUCGACCUUCCCGGGAGCGUUUUAUUUAUCCCCCAGGACUCUUUGCUCGGGGAGCCGGUGCCUAAGAGGAGGGUGCAGUAUAAAGGCGGGUGUGAGCCAUGGUGGGGCGCUCAGCUCUUCUCAAACCUGGUGUACACCUGCAGGGAGCUCGUGGCGGGCUCCUUGAAGUGUGCGAAGGCGGACGUGAAGGUGGAGCAGGGAGUCUACGGCCAGAAACAAGAGAUCGUCCUGAACUGUGUGGAGCCAAUGACGCUCCUGCUGGAGUUCUGAGGUUCACCUGAUCUCCAGGGUGGGAUGUGGGACGUCUGCUGAAUCUGAAUCUGCUGUGAGUGAGUCCAGUCUUAACACUUCACCUGUUUUCACUACAAUUUCUACAACUGCUUGUCAAGCCUUUUUCUGUCAGAAGGUUCUCGAGCUAAUAGGUUUUAUAGAUCUGCAGAUAGAUCAGUUAAUUAAAGGGAAACUAGUCGAUUGUAACUUUUUUUUCAACAAAAGAAAUCCAGGAACUAAACAUCUGUAACUAUGUUUACAUGCAGGCUGUUUAAAAAUGUCUCCACACUCUUACAGUUUAAAAAACCAGAUCUUUUGUUCAUAUUGUUUCUAUUGUAUAGUUGAGAAACAAAAAAAAACAUGAUAUUAAAUAACUAUUUUUUGUAAAAAAAAAAA